AUGGUUGACGGACAUCCACAAGGUAAUAAAUACCAUACCAAAUGUAACAUAUUUGAGUGUCCCGGAUUUUCGUUUACUAUGGUACGUCUACCCCUGAGUCCAGGUUGGCUUACAGGGUGUGGGGAGUAUUAUUUUUGAAUGAAACUCUCUUACCACUAAACAGGUGUAUGGGCAGUGUCUGGCAUCUAUCUACGUUGGAAUAAGUGUGGAACUCCGCAGCUAUAAAUGUACCAUCCAACAAGGUAGAGUCUGGUUAGUAGGGUUUUGAGUUUUUCCUGGUCAGGUCAAUAGGUCAGGGAAAAUAUACAGUAUGUACUGUAACCACAAAACCCCUUCAGUUGAAUGACCUACUGUGUAUUGUUGCUUUAGUUUGACUAACCUGUAGUAAUGACCUAUAGUAGUGAGCCCUUACCUUGUGUCCAGUGCCUGCCAUGGUCAUCGUCAACACGUGUCCAGACUGUCCAACAGUAGAGCACCUGGAUGACCCCAUCAUAGCGGAGACGGCCAAUCUGUCCCUCCAGACAUAGAACAGAAAGAGUCGCCUCCCCAACUACUUCACCCUCAUCAACCUAACAGGAGCUAGCAUGCAGUUCAUUCUAUGUUGUAUGGCAGAUAUGCCAAUUUUGCUAUUGAAAUAAAAUGUAACUUUGCUGUUGUCUUGGAGAGGAGUAGAAGGCACUCAACCAACAUGAGAUGAGGUGCAACCAAAAAUCAUAAAAGCAUUUGAAGGGAAUAGAUGUGACUCUCGCUCACAAUUAAAAACUUGAUGUUGUAACAACUAUUUCAAGUUAAAAUCACUUUGCUGUCAUCUUCACAGUGGGUUGACCAUUCAAGAGAAGGUCUCUGCUAAGGACAAUCCUGACGUUGAUCUGACCCAAUGUAAAAUGAUGGACUGUGAAUUUUUAAUGGAGUACAACACUACAGCAACACACUGUCUAUCACAUUCUGAAAUAGGUAAAAAGGGAAAACCAACUGGUCAAAAUUAUGAUUUGUAUGUGGCAAGCUGGCAGCUAUUCAGUGGAGGAAAGUAGCCUACUGUAGACCCACAUCAGCCUCACACCAUUCUCAGUGAUUUCACUAUGUCAUCAUAUCCAGUUUCUCUGUUUGACCAAUCAUAUUCCGUGUUCUGUCCCCUAGCACAAGGGCUCUGCACAGGCUUUCACACCACUCUGGAUGAUGGCACAUUUGAUACCAAACUUCCCAUCGAGGUCAAGUGUGAAAUCUUUGAACCAGAGGUAGGAACCUUCCACAACAGUGCCAUCACUGCCAUGCCAUGAUGAAACCUCAGUAACAUAGAGACAGCACAGUAGUAACCUCAGAAAUAGGGCAGAUAAGACCCCCCACAAUGCAGGCUUUUGUUCCAUUCCUGAUCUGACUAAAUUGUGAUGUAAAUUCAAGACCAAGACUAGGUCUAGGUCUAGGGGUAGGGGAAAGGGGUUGAUCUCGGAGUGGGCAUAAUGUUCUGAUUGUCCCAUUUCAUAAGCACUUUACAAAUAAAGUUAUUAUCAUUACUAUGUCCAUCUCCAAGGCUGCAAAGGCAGAGGAAGCCCAUGCUAGAGAAGACAGUGGGCAUCAAAGUGAUGAUGAGAACCAUAAACAUGCACACACACACUGCUUGCUGUGGGGUCGUGGUGGCCUUACCUCCCCCUCAUGUGCCACCACCUCAAAGAGCCUCACCAGCAGCAAGCAACUGUCCAGGCAAGAGAAAAAACAACCUGGGACUGGACAGGUUUAA